CUGCGCCGGGCCGCCGCUGCAGCCGCCGCCGCCGCCGCUGCCGCCGAGCGUUCCUCCGCUGCGCGGGGCUUCCAGCUUCGGGCCGGAACCGGAAGUGUGGGGGGCGGAGCCCGGCGGAGGCCAGGAGACCGAAAACGCGGCCGAGUCCGGAGCCCGGAGCCGGAGCCGGAGCCAGAGCCUGGACCAGAACUUGGCCGCCGCCUGCACCGCCGCUGCCGCCGCUGCCGCCCGCCGCCCCUUCCCCGCACCGCAGCCGCCUUGACCGCCACCGCCGCGAGCUUGGCCGCCAAUGGUCCUGAGACAUUAGGUGUCCGGGUUGAAGGUCGGUCCGGACGUCGGACCCAGUCGGUUCCCAGACUGUCCGGGCGGCAGCGGACGCCGCCGCCGCCGCCGCCUCCUCGUCGCCUCAGCCUGGCGUUUUGUUUCGAGAGACCGGAGAGGCGAGCGGAGCUGACAGUGAUUUUGACAGUGAUUUAAACCCGCUUUUGUUGUUGUUGGCUUUUCGUUGUUUGGUUUUGUGUGUUGUGCGUGUGUGUGGCGGUUUUUCCCCCGUGGUGCAUUUUAUUUUUUAUUGUUGUGCUCUUUUUUCUUUUUUUGUUUUUUAAACCCAGUGAACGUUUUUUUUUUUUUUUUGGUCUGGGCUCCCGAAUAUGUUUUAUGACGGUUGAUUUUACACCAGGAGGUUUGUCUCCGAGGAAGACCCAGGGAACUGGAUAUCUAGCGAGAACUUCCUCCGGAUUCCCCGGCGUCUCGGGAAAAUGGGAGCUGCUGCAAAGUUGGCGUUUGCCGUCUUUCUUAUCUCCUGUUCUUCAGGUGCUAUACUUGGUAGAUCAGAAACUCAGGAGUGUCUUUUCUUUAAUGCUAAUUGGGAAAAAGACAGAACCAAUCAAACUGGUGUUGAACCGUGUUAUGGUGACAAAGAUAAACGACGGCAUUGUUUUGCUACCUGGAAGAAUAUUUCUGGUUCCAUUGAAAUAGUGAAACAAGGUUGUUGGCUGGAUGAUAUCAACUGCUAUGACAGGACUGAUUGUGUAGAAAAAAAAGACAGCCCUGAAGUAUAUUUUUGUUGCUGUGAGGGCAAUAUGUGUAAUGAAAAGUUUUCUUACUUUCCGGAGAUGGAAGUCACACAGCCCACUUCAAAUCCAGUUACACCUAAGCCACCCUAUUACAACAUCCUGCUGUAUUCCUUGGUGCCACUUAUGUUAAUUGCGGGAAUUAUCAUUUGUGCAUUUUGGGUGUACAGACAUCACAAGAUGGCCUACCCUCCUGUACUUGUUCCAACUCAACACGCCUUUCAUAUAAUGAUAGAGGACCCAGGACCACCCCCACCUUCUCCAUUACUAGGUUUGAAGCCACUGCAGUUAUUAGAAGUGAAAGCAAGGGGAAGAUUUGGUUGUGUCUGGAAAGCCCAGUUGCUCAAUGAAUAUGUGGCUGUCAAAAUAUUUCCAAUACAGGACAAACAGUCAUGGCAAAAUGAAUAUGAAGUCUACAGUUUGCCUGGAAUGAAGCAUGAGAACAUAUUACAGUUCAUUGGUGCAGAAAAACGAGGCACCAGUGUUGAUGUGGAUCUUUGGCUAAUCACAGCAUUUCAUGAAAAGGGUUCACUGUCAGACUUUCUUAAGGCUAAUGUGGUCUCUUGGAAUGAACUGUGUCAUAUUGCAGAAACCAUGGCUAGAGGAUUGGCAUAUUUACAUGAGGAUAUACCUGGCCUAAAAGAUGGCCACAAACCUGCCAUAUCUCACAGGGACAUCAAAAGUAAAAAUGUGCUGUUGAAAAACAACCUGACAGCUUGCAUUGCUGACUUUGGGUUGGCCUUAAAAUUUGAGGCUGGCAAGUCUGCAGGUGAUACCCAUGGACAGGUUGGUACCCGAAGGUAUAUGGCUCCAGAGGUAUUAGAGGGUGCUAUUAACUUCCAAAGGGAUGCAUUUUUGAGGAUAGAUAUGUACGCCAUGGGAUUAGUCCUGUGGGAACUGGCUUCUCGCUGUACUGCUGCAGAUGGACCUGUAGAUGAAUACAUGUUGCCAUUUGAGGAGGAAAUUGGCCAGCAUCCAUCUCUUGAAGACAUGCAGGAAGUUGUUGUGCAUAAAAAAAAGAGGCCUGUUUUAAGAGAUUAUUGGCAGAAACAUGCUGGAAUGGCAAUGCUCUGUGAAACCAUUGAAGAAUGUUGGGAUCAUGACGCAGAAGCCCGGUUAUCAGCUGGAUGUGUAGGUGAAAGAAUUACCCAGAUGCAGAGACUAACAAAUAUUAUUACCACAGAGGACAUUGUAACAGUGGUCACAAUGGUGACAAAUGUUGACUUUCCUCCCAAAGAAUCUAGUCUAUGAUGGUUGCGCCAUCUGUGCACACUAAGAAAUGGGACUCUGAACUGGAGCUGCUAAGCUAACGAAACUGCUUACAGUUUAUUUUCUGUGUAAAAUGAGUAGGACGUCUCUUGGAAAUGUUAAGAAAGAAGACCCUUUGUUGAAAAAUGUUGCUCUGGGAGACUUAAUACAUUGCCGACAGCACAGAUGUGAAGGACAUGAGACUAAGAGAAAACUUGCAAACUCUAUAAAGAAACUUUUGAAAAAGUGUACAUGAAGAAUGUAGCCCUCUCCAAAUCAAGGAUCUUUUGGACCUGGCUAAUGGAGUGUUUGAAAACUGACAUCAGAUUCUUAAUGUCUGUCAGAAGACACUAAUUCCUUAAAAGAACUACUGCUAUUUUUUUUAAAUCGAAAACUUUUCAUUUCAGAUUUUAAAAAGGGUAACUUGUUUUUAUUGCAUUUGCUGUUGUUGUUUCUAUAAAUGACUAUUGUAAUGCCAAUAUGACACAGCUUGUGAAUGUUUAGUGUGCUGCUGUUCUGUGUACAUAAAGUCAUCAAAGUGGGGUACAGUAAAGAGGCUUCCAAGCAUUACUUUAACCUCCCUCAACAAGGUAUACCUCAGUUCCACGGUUGCUAAAUUAUAAAAUUGAAAACACUAACAAAAUUUGAAUAAUAAAUUGAUCCAUGUUUUGUAACAAAUUCACUGUGUUAUUUAAGGAAAAAAAAGGUAAGCUAUGCUUAGUGCCAAUAGUAAGUGGCCAUUCGUAAAGCAGUGUUUUAGCAUUUCUUGUGCUGGCUUGUUAUGUAGGGAAAAAAGUGCUGUUUUUUGAAAAAUCGUGUCAUUUUCCCCUUCUUCCCAUGUUUUAAAGCCCCAUCUUAUAUCCAGUUCCCAAAAUUACAUACUUAACUAAGUAUUUUCUUUAGGCGUGCUGUGUUUGGGGAAUAUUUGAAAAUUUAAAGCAUGAUUUAAAAAUUUUUUAAGUGAGCUGUGACACUGGAAAGCUCUUCAUUUUAUCUUUUAAAAUAGAGUUUUUUCUAUUUAUAUAUGUAAAAUUGUAGUGUAUUUCUUUUCGCCAAACAAUGUGUGGGACGUUCUUUAUCACUGUUUUAGGAUCACCUCAGGAAGUGUCGUUACCCAGAAUUCCUCGCUGUCUGCUUUGAGACUUGUAACUUUAUCACUACUUCUGCUUGGUGCCAUCUUGUCAGAUUCAUAUUUAAUGUCUGUGAUAUGUAAAGAAUUAUCCUAGGAUAGAGAUAUUAAACUUUAAGCAGAUUUCAGAUGUUACUGCUUUAAAACAAAUCAGGGAUAACAAAUUAAACGUCUAACUUAAAAUAUGCAAUGACAUUUAGAGGUAACCAAUGUUGAUACAGAUAACAUAGCCUAGCCUCCUCCCCAAAAUUGCUUUUACAACUAACGCUGAUAUUAAUUUAGGAUAGUUCAUGCCUUAUCCUUGCUAAGCAAAUGGAAUUGAUGGUAGGCAGGUGCCAAAGUGCUUUUCAAAACAAUUAUGUUAGAAUACAAUUGGAUUCUUCCUCAGAUUUAUGUAGGCCGCCAAAGUAAUACAUUAAUUAUCUGAAUUUCCAGAUUACCAAUCAACAAAUAGCCAGUAUUAUACUAUGUAUUUCUGUCAGGUCAUUUUAAAAUCCAUACACUAAUUUUAUAAAAGAAUUUUUUACAUGUCACUGUCAGGAGCUCACUGUGAAUGUGUUGUCUUCAAAUGGUUAUUUAACCACAUAUUACACUACAUUUUACAUAUAAUAUGUACCUAAUCUCUGGGAAUAAUAAAUUAUGUUAUUUAUAAACAAUACAUAGGUCAACAGACUUUAAGCAGGGAGGAAAAGAAGAGUAAUAGUGUCUGUGUGCCGCAGACCAUUCAGAACUGUCACAUGUGUCCCCAUGGUCUCAUUGUAUUCCUUACAAUUGCCUUUUCAAUGUUGAGUUCAACUCUUUAUUUCACAAAGUACUUGGUCUCUCAAUUUCUUGAUCUGGUUUUUGCUUCCAUUUAAAAACUAAUCAAGAAGGGAAAAUACUGAGAUUGUGCAUACAAGAAAAUUGUUAAUUUCCUGAAGAUGAAUUUCUACCUGUUGUGAACAUUUAACUUUCUUUUUAAAAGUUAAAAAUAUCAAAACAAAAAUAAACAAGGGAUACUAUGAUGAAUGUUUGGCUUACGUGAGUACUAGAGUACAUUUUUUAAAACCAGUUAUUCACAAUAUAAAAUGUUUUCAAGUUAGAAAAAAUUUUUAGAAUUCCUGGGUAUUGUACUUAACUGUAGCUAACCAAUUUUAAAACUUGUAUUCUUUUGAGAACUAUUAUUAAUAGAAAAACUUUUUAUAAGCAGUAAAAUAAGAAUGUUCCAGUGACUACCUAUCCUUAUACCUAGUCUUGUUAAAACUUUCUUUUGCAGGGUAUUUAGUGUUUGGUUUACAGUCAGUGCAGAGUGGGCAAGUUAAUAAAAUGUUUGAACUAGAGAUACUGGAAAAGAAGAAAAAUCAAAGAAUGAGAAAAAUGGUGAUCCAUUUUGGGGCAGUCUGAGACCCCUCAAAUUACUCUUUCCUCAUGUGUAUGGUGCUCCUCAUGACUCGUCUUGUAUUUUGCCUUUCUGAUACCCAUCAGAACUGCUGCUGCUCUAACUUAUACUCUUUACCUUGCCCAGAUUUCCGCAUAAGGAAUGCUUUAUGAUCAACUUGCCAUAAGACUGAUGGAUUAACGAGAGUUCGGCUUUAUUUGAAGUCUAUGCCCUGCACAGCUCUUGUAUGUAUUUUAGAUGCUAGAAGUUUUUUUAGCAUGUGAUGUGUGAUUCUUGUUUGAAUUCUAGGUACCUUGUGAAUUCCACAAAAAAGACUGUGCCUCAUGAUUGUUAGUCCCAUGAACUUGCACUGUCUUUCAUGGUGAUAUUUUGAAAAUACAAUCAGGAAAAAAACCAACAUCUUUGGAAUUUAAAAAUAGAAUCUCAUCAUGAAAUUUAGAAAGAAUCUCUUCUGUUAUGUUUCCUCACCCCUAAGUAAAAGCUACAUUUAAGUAAAAUGCAGGUGGUAGGGAAAAAAACCUUGGCCAGAUGGUUGUUUAGUGGAAUAAACUGAUUACUGGUGGGUAUUUUUUUUAAAAGAAAGAAACUUCAUCACAGAUACUUUCCAGGUUCUCUAUGUUUUUGAAAAAUUACUUUUUAGGAACAUUUGGUAUGAUGUGCAUAAAAUUAUCAAUUUAUAGGCAAAAUGAUACAAGUAGCAUCUUGAUUGAACAUCAUUUACCUCAGAUAUUCAACCAGCGGUACGUUUUUUAUGCAGUCUCAACCCAUAUCCCAUUUUGUUACCUCUCAGAAUACUGGUAAGCAGUUACUUUCGCUUUACUCUGGAUUUCUUGUGUUUUGGGCACAGGUUAUUGUACUACUGUCAAAUCGUACUUGCUAUUUUUUCUGCAAGUAUUUAACAGAAAGCUUAAUAUCCCCAUAAAACCCCACCUUGGAUAAGUGAUUGUUAAAUAUUGUACAAAUAAAGUGUAUGCUAUCCCCAUUCCAUCCCCAAGUUAAAUAAAAAAAUGAAUAUGGUA